GGACGAACCGAAGAAGCGGGAAACUUUCACCGUUUCUGAGAAGCGCAAAUGAUAACAAAUGACCUGAUCUGAGCUUUAGGUCAAUGCUUCACGGCUAUAUCAUGCUUUAGUUCAGCCUGCAAGUGCGAGCGGCGUUGGUUUGAAGAAGAAUGUCUGUCGCCUCGCUUGCCGCGGGGGCGGACGUCUCUUUGUUCGGACCAGAUGAGCUUCAAGUACAUCAGCAACUCCUAAAACUUGAGCGGGAUAUCCAGGUUGCCACUGAUCGCAUCGCUAACUCGGCUGCAAGCAGCGCAAAUGCGCCUGCUGUCACAGACAAGCAGCUGCAGGAGCUUUUGUCGAGCGUAAGAGGCCAGAUCAGGGACUUUGAGCUCCUAGCGGAGGAGCAGGACACGGAUGAGCACACGGACGCGGUGGAGGCCUGUGUGGAGCUGCACCAGGCGGAGUACACCAGGCUUGCGGCCGGCAUCGCCGCCGCCAAGGGGCAGGCCAAGCGCCAGCAGCAGCAGACGGCUGAGCAGCAGCGGCGCGAGCUGUUCGCCGGCGCCAGCCUGCCGGUGCUGCAGCGCGAGUACAAGAGUGUGGCGGAGGCGGUGCAGGCCACCAGCGAGGUGACGGAGAGCCUGCAGCGGGCGCGCGCGCUGCUGACUCAGCAGAUCGACCAGACCGGCGCCACCAUGGCUGUGCUGGACUCCAGCAACAACACGCUGGGCCAGGCCAAGGACGAGUUCGUGGGGCAGAAGCAGCUCAACAAAAAGGGCGCCAAGCUGCUCGGAACCAUCCAGAAGCAGGAGAAGCACGACAGGCGGCUGCUGUGGCUGGGGCUGCUGCUGUUCCUGCUGACGGCCGGCUACAUCGGCUACAAGCGCGCGCCGGCGGUGGUGCGCGCGCCCGUGGACAUGGCGCUGGGCUCGGCAGCGGGCGCGGCGCGGGCGGUGUGGAAGCAGGCGCAGCCGAUGCUGCGGGAGCGCCUCACCAAGCUGCUGCCGGCGGCGUCCGAGGACGGCCCCGCGGUGUUCAUGCCGGGGCCGCCGCCGCACCGGAGAGGCGGCGGCGCUGGCGGCGAGGAGCAGGACGAGGCCGCAGGGCACCCAGUCGGCGACGAGGAGCCGCAACAGCACCCGUCGGAGCAGCGCGAAGAGCACGAGCAGCAGUACGAGCAGCACGAGCGGUACGAGCAGCCGUACGCGGCAGGGGACAUGCCGUACGGCAGCCUGGACGAGAUGUACGGCGCUGGCGCGGCGGCGGGCGUGGCGGGCGUUGACACGCACGUACGGGAUCAGGAUCAGGACCCGCACCGGCACCGCCACCACGACCACGACCACUACGGCUCGGACCACGAUCAGGACCGCGAUCAGGACCAUUAUCACGCGCACGACCACCACGGCCACCGGCAGCAUCACCAGCCCCAUCAGCACGGCGCGGGUGCGGGGGCGGGCGGUGACACCGGCGGCGCCUCGCACGGCUCAUCCCCCGAUCUGCACCAGCAGCACCAGCAGCACCAGCAGCACCAGCAGCACCAGCAGCACCAACGGCAGCUGGAGGAGCACGGCGCCAAUGAGCCCGACCCCUGGGAGCAGCCCGACCCCUGGGCACUGCCCCAAGAGGAGGAGCCGCAGCAGCAGGAGGAGGCAGGGGAGCCGCUGGCAGGUGGCCAGUUCGCCUACGAGGGCGAGGACGGCGCCCAGCCGGCUGACGCCGCCGCUCACGGCCAGGACCAGCAGCAGCGGGAGAGGGAGAAGGAGGUGGAGAGGGAGAUCGCCACUGGUGCUGACACGGGCGGUAACGCGGGCGCUGACGCGGGCGGUAACGCUGAUGCUGGCAAUGUCGAUGUCGACCUGGACCCCUGGGCGGCCGCGGCGGAGGGCGCUGAUGCAUUUGCGGAAAUGGACGCGGAGCACGAGCUCGAGCUCAUGGCGGAUCGGGAGGAGCAGCAGGCGCAGGAGCAGCCGGAGCAGCCGGAGCAAUCGGAGCCGGAGGCUGACCAGGACGCCGCGCCUACUCCUCCUGCGGCCGCCACGCCUGCUGGCGAGCUUGAGGAGGACGACGAGGCCGCCUUCAACUCCUUCGUGUACGAUGACGAGGAGGAGGAGGUGGCGCCCGCGCCGCCCUCCAUCCAGCCCUCCUCGGCCGAUCUGUCCAUGGCCGCCGCGUCGGCCUACUUCGAGCUGGAGGGCGAGGACGAAGCAGGCGUGCAGCAGCCUUCGGCUGCCGAUGCCGCGGGCGACGCGGCGGCGGCUGAUGUCGCUAAUGGCGCGGCGGACGCGGCUGAGCCGGAGCUUGCCGCUUCCGAGCCCGAGGCAGAUGCUGAGGCCAUGGAGGCCGAGGCCGCCGCGGGUGGCGAGGUCACACUGGAGGCUGCUGAGCCCGAGGCCACCGCGGCGGCUGAGGAGGAGGGCGAGGAGGAGCCGGAGGAGCAGGAUGGGCCCCAGCUGUUCACAACCGACGGUGUGCCGCUGCGCCCCAUCACCUACCUCGACAAGCGGGGCCGCCCCAUCACGCCCGAGCAGGCCGCGGAGGCCAACGCGGCGGCAGCUGCCGCGGCGGAGGCCGCAGCCCAGGAGGCGUUGGCUAAGGAGGCGGCUCAGAUGGCGGCAGCGGCAAAGGAGGAGGAGGAUGCUGCUGAGGUGCCAGCCGCAGAGCCCAACGCCGCUGGUGGCGAGGUCUCACUUGCUGAGCCCGAGGCCGCUGCGGCGGCUGAGGAGGGCGAGAAGGAGCCGGAGGAGCAGGAUGGGCCCCAGCUGUUCACACCCGACGGUGUGCCGCUGCGCCCCAUCACCUACCUCGACAAGCGGGGCCGCCCCAUCACGCCCGAGCAGGCCGCGGAGGUCAACGCGGCGGCAGCUGCGGCGGCGGAGGCCGCAGCCCAGGCGGCGUUGGCUAAGGAGGCUGCGGCGGCCGCCAAGGCUGACGAGGAGGAUGCUGAGGAGCAGGCCACGGACGCUACGGAUGCCGCAGACACCACAGAGGAGGAGGAGGCUGCCGAGCCCAAGCUGCGCGCCUCACAGGCCAUGGCCGCCAGCGUCAAGGCCGAGGGCCCCGCGCCCCGCGACCGCUUUGAGGGUCUGCGCAAGAUCGCUCGUGAGAAGGGCGUGAGCGCCCUGCCCUGGUGGCUGCGCAGUCACCUUGCAGACGACCCUGAGUUUGCCGGCGAGGUGGCUCGCCUAGAGGCAGCCCGUGCUGCCGAGGCCGCGUCCGGCAAGGCGGCGGCGGCGGCGGCAGAGGAGGAAGAGGAGGCCGCGGCCGAGCCAGAGUCUGAGCCGGAAUCAGCAUCUGAUGCAGCCACUGGAGCGGCAACCGACACAGACACUGCCUCUGAGGCUGGCAGCGAUGCUUCUGCCAGCACUGCCGCCGGCGCGCCCGCAGUGCCCGACCCUGCCCCAGAUGACGCCCAUGCCUCCGCCGACACCGACCCUGCUGGCGAUGCCGAGCAGCCCGCCACCGCUACCACUGCCACGGGCGCUGCUGCCGGCACCGACGCCGCCUCGGCAGCCGCCACGCGGGCCGCGCCCUCGGGCGACCUCCGCCUUCAGGGGCUGCGCGAGCACGCGCGCAAGAACGGCGUCCGCAAGAUGCCGGUGUGGCUGCGCGCCCAGCUGGCGAACGACCCCGAGUUUGCGGCGGCGGUGGCCCAGGCGGAGCGGGAGCUCGCGGCCCGGCCGCAGCAGCCCGAAGACGAGGAGGAGCAGGAGCCGGAGGAGCAGGAGGGGCCGCAGCUGUUCACUCCCGACGGCGAGCCGCUGCGGCCGAUUACGGUUCUGGGCGGCUCGGGGCGCCCGGUGGCGACGGAGGAGGCGGCAGUGGCCAUCGAUGCAGCUGCAGGCAAGGGGGCCGUGGUGGCUCAGGAGGAGGCGACAAAGCAGGAGGCAGGAACAGCUGCCGCCGAUGCUUUUGACACUCCGGCGGCGGCUGAGAAGCCGGCAGCUGCUGAGGCUUCUGAGGAGCAGGCAGAGCCGACCGCGGACGCCGCAGAGGAGGAGGAGGCUGCCGAGCCCAAGCUGCGCGCCUCACAGGCCAUGGCCGCCAGCGUCAAGGCAGAGGGCCCCGCGCCCCGCGACCGCUUUGAGGGUCUGCGCAAGAUCGCUCGUGAGAAGGGCGUGAGCGCUCUGCCCUGGUGGCUGCGCAGUCACCUUGCAGACGACCCUGAGUUUGCCGCCGAGGUGGCUCGCCUAGAGGCGGCCCGUGCUGCCGAGGCCGCGUCCGGCAAGGCGGCGGCGGCGGCAGAGGAGGAGGAGGGCGAGGAGGAGCCGGAGGAGCAGGACGGGCCGCAGCUGUUCUCCCGCGACGGCGAGCCGCUGCGCCCCAUCACCUACCUCGACAAGCGGGGCCGCCCCAUCACGCCCGAGCAGGCCGCGGAGGCCAACGCGGCGGCAGCUGCAGCGGCGGAGGCCGCAGCCCAAGAGGUGUUGGCUAAGGAGGCAGCUCAGGCGGAGGCGGAGGCAAAGGAGGAGGAGGAUGCUGCUGAGGUGCAGGCAGCAGAGCCCAACGCCGCUGGUGGCGAGGUCUCACUUGCUCAGCCCGAGGCCGCUGCGGCGGCUGAGGAGGGCGAGGAGGAGCCGGAGGAGCAGGACGGGCCCCAGCUGUUCACACCCGACGGUGUGCCGCUGCGCCCCAUCACCUACCUCGACAAGCGGGGCCGCCCCAUCACGCCUGAACAGGCCGCGGAGGUCAACGCGGCGGCAGCUGCGGCGGCGGAGGCGGCAGCCCAGGAGGCGUUGGCUAAAGAGGCUGCCGCCGCCAAGGCUGACGAUGAGGAUGCUGAGGAGCAGGCCACGGACGCUACGGAUGCCGCAGACACCACAGAGGAGGAGGAGGAGGAGGCUGCCGAGCCCAAGCUGCGCGCCUCACAGGCCAUGGCCGCCAGCGUCAAGGCCGAGGGCCCCGCGCCCCGCGACCGCUUUGAGGGUCUGCGCAAGAUUGCUCGUGAGAAGGGCGUGAGUGCCCUGCCCUGGUGGCUGCGCAGUCACCUUGCGGACGACCCUGAGUUUGCCGCCGAGGUGGCUCGCCUAGAGGCGGCGCGUGCUGCCGAGGCCGCGUCCGGCAAGGCGGCGGCGGCAGAGGAGGAAGAGGAGGCCGAGCCAGAGUCUGAGCCGGAAUCAGCAUCUGACGCCAGCAUGGCAGACAAGAGUGCCGGCGUUAGGGCUGCCACUGGCAUUGCGCCAGAUGGUGGUGCUAUUGCUGCUGCUGGACAGCCCGUUGCUGUGUCGCCGCCCAGUUCUCCCACGGCCGCUGAUUUGGCUGUCGCCGCCGCAACCACCUCCUUGCAUGUGGAGGCUGAGGCCCCAGACCCGGCGGCUACGGACGCCGGUGCUGGUGCAGCUGCCGUUGCCGCGGAGCCUAAGGCAGCUACCGCUGCUGCUGUGGCCUUGGAGGCUGAGCCGGAGGCCGAGGCUGCUGAGCCCGAGGCCGCUGCGGCGGCUGACGAGGAGGGCGAGGAGGAGCCGGAGGAGCAGGACGGGCCGCAGCUGUUCACACCCGACGGUGUGCCGCUGCGCCCCAUCACCUACCUCGACAAGCGGGGCCGCCCCAUCACGCCUGAACAGGCCGCGGAGGUCAACGCGGCGGCAGCUGCGGCGGCGGAGGCGGCAGCCCAGGAGGCGUUGGCUAAAGAGGCUGCCGCCGCCAAGGCUGACGAUGAGGAUGCUGAGGAGCAGGCCACGGACGCUACGGAUGCCGCAGACACCACAGAGGAGGAGGAGGAGGAGGCUGCCGAGCCCAAGCUGCGCGCCUCACAGGCCAUGGCCGCCAGCGUCAAGGCCGAGGGCCCCGCGCCCCGCGACCGCUUUGAGGGUCUGCGCAAGAUUGCUCGUGAGAAGGGCGUGAGUGCCCUGCCCUGGUGGCUGCGCAGUCACCUUGCGGACGACCCUGAGUUUGCCGCCGAGGUGGCUCGCCUAGAGGCGGCGCGUGCUGCCGAGGCCGCGUCCGGCAAGGCGGCGGCGGCAGAGGAGGAAGAGGAGGCCGAGCCAGAGUCUGAGCCGGAAUCAGCAUCUGACGCCAGCAUGGCAGACAAGAGUGCCGGCGUUAGGGCUGCCACUGGCAUUGCGCCAGAUGGUGGUGCUAUUGCUGCUGCUGGACAGCCCGUUGCUGUGUCGCCGCCCAGUUCUCCCACGGCCGCUGAUUUGGCUGUCGCCGCCGCAACCACCUCCUUGCAUGUGGAGGCUGAGGCCCCAGACCCGGCGGCUACGGACGCCGGUGCUGGUGCAGCUGCCGUUGCCGCGGAGCCUAAGGCAGCUACCGCUGCUGCUGUGGCCUUGGAGGCUGAGCCGGAGGCCGAGGCUGCUGAGCCCGAGGCCGCUGCGGCGGCUGACGAGGAGGGCGAGGAGGAGCCGGAGGAGCAGGACGGGCCGCAGCUGUUCACACCCGACGGUGUGCCGCUGCGCCCCAUCACCUACCUCGACAAGCGGGGCCGCCCCAUCACGCCUGAACAGGCCGCGGAGGUCAACGCGGCGGCAGCUGCGGCGGCGGAGGCGGCAGCCCAGGAGGCGUUGGCUAAAGAGGCUGCCGCCGCCAAGGCUGACGAUGAGGAUGCUGAGGAGCAGGCCACGGACGCUACGGAUGCCGCAGACACCACAGAGGAGGAGGAGGAGGAGGCUGCCGAGCCCAAGCUGCGCGCCUCAGAGGCCACGGCCGCCAGCGUCAAGGCCGAGGGCCCUGCGCCCCGCGACCGCUUUGAGGGUCUGCGCAAGAUUGCUCGUGAGAAGGGCGUGAGUGCCCUGCCCUGGUGGCUGCGCAGUCACCUUGCGGACGACCCUGAGUUUGCCGGCGAGGUGGCUCGCCUGGAGGCGGCCCGUGCUGGCGAGGCCGCGUCCGGCAAGGCGGCGGCGGCGGCUGAGGAGGAAGAGGCAGGCGCGGCCGAGUCGGAGGCUGACGCCACCGCUGACGCUGACGCUAGCGCCGGGGCUGAGAGCGUUGCUACCCCGCCUACGCAGCCCGCGCCCGCUGCCGCCGGCGCAGCUGCCACUACCACACGGCCUGCCGUGUCAGCAGUGCCAGAAGCCGCCGCCAUCGCUGCGCCGUCAGCGGCUGCUGUUGGCGGCGCUGCACCUGUGCCCGAGGCCGCUCCGGCGGCGCCUGCGGCCGGAGCUACGGCCAUCCAGGCGGAGACCGUGGCUGCUUCAUCUACUGCUGUUGAGCCCGAGCCCGUUGCGGCGGAGCCAAAGGUGGAGGUCACCGAGUCGGCCUCUGCUGCUGCUUCUGCUGCAGUGCAUACUAGUUUGUCUGCUGCGGCGGCGGCUGCAGCGCCCCAGGCCGCGGCUGCACCGCACCAGGCGGCUGAGCCGGAGGCCGAGGCUGCUCAGCCCGAGGCCGCUGCGGCGGCUGAGGAGCAGGGCGAGGAGGAGCCGGAGGAGCAGGAUGGGCCCCAGCUGUUCACACCCGACGGUGUGCCGCUGCGCCCCAUCACCUACCUCGAUAACUGGGGCCGCCCAAUCACGCCCGAGCAGGCCGCGGCGGCCAGCGCGGCGGCAGCUGCCGCGGCGGAGGCCGCAGCCCAGGCGGCUCGGGCGGUGGAGGUGGAGGCGGCGGCAAAGGAGCUGGCCGCUGAGGAGGGGGCGGCGCAGGAGGCUGCAGCUAGGAAGAAGGAGCAGGCUCAGACGGCCGCUGCAGCCCAAGCGGCAGCGGAGAAGGCACAGGCAGCGGCGGCGCAGGAGGCCGCUGCAGCUAAGGAGGCGGCAGUGGCCCAGGAGGAGGAGGAGGCUGCCAAAGCGGCCGCUGCGGCCCAGGCGGCCGAGGCGGCGGCACAGGUUGCUUCAGCUCAGGCGGCGGCGGAGGCUGCCAAGGCGGAGGCAGCUGCCGCGGCGGAGGCAGCAGCGCAGGCAGCAGCUGCUAAGAUGGAAGAGGAGGCUGCGCAGGCAGCCGCGGCAGCCCAAGCGGCGGCGGCACAGGCGGCGGCGGCGGCUCAGGAGACCGCGGCGGCUCAGGCGGCUGCGGCGGCGGUCAAUGAGGAGGAGGAGGAGGCUGCAACGGCGGCCGCUGAUGCAGCCUCGCAAGUAGGGAGCCCGGCAGCGGCGGAGCAGAAGGGGGAGGAGAGGCAUGUUGAAGAGGAGGAGGUGGAGGAGGAGGAAGCGGAAGCAGGGGCGGUGGAUCAGGCGGAGGUACGCAGCGCCAAAGGGCACCAUGCGCAUACGGAGCUGUAGGUUGGCGUCCGCAUGGGCAGUAAGGAGGGAAUGCAUUAGGAUUUAGGAAGAAGACAUCAAGUAUUUGUUACCUCGUUAGCAGGAGGCGUGCAGGCAAGAAUGGAUUGAGGGGGAGCGUGAACCAUGAGCGGCGCUAGCGCUCCGGCUUUGAGCACUCGCGGGUGUGGGUUGCGGAUGUGGUUGUGAGGAUUGCGGAGGCAGGCAGGCAGGGGAGCAGGUUGAGCGUCACAUUUGAAAGAGAAGUAUGCCUAUCAGGGCAUGCUACUUAGACAACAAGCAUGCAGGAAGUGCGCCGUGUAACGAUCGGGAGCUUCCGGGUCGCCGGGUUCGUGCGGUGCAAUGUGUAAUGGCCUCGGCAC